ACAUGAUCGGUCACACAAGGUUGUUUGUGUUUGUGGUUUGUGGUUUGUCAUGACUAUGAUGACGUGUUCCCUAUCAAAAAGACAUUUUUCUAUUGUUUUUAUUUUCGCUUUUUCGCCGCAUAACCAUAUAUAUAGCAAACUCCUCCUCCGUCUUACACUCGUGAGUCAUUCUCUCUCAACCAUCGAACCCCUUUUCUUACUUUUUUUUAUUAUUUAUUAUUUUAAAUAAAUUAAUUAAUUUCGAAUGGGUAAACGGAAACGAACUUCUGAUUUCACUCACUCCCAAACGGAUCAUUAUCCACCUUCUUCUUCCUCUUCUGCCGCUAUUCAAUGCUCUUCCAAGAUGGAGCUGUUGUCCGACGAGAAGCCUUCGUAUUCAGGCGAUCCAGGUGCACUCCCUCUGCCGUCUGCAUUGAAUAUCACAGAUGGAUCUAUGAAGCUACUUAAUACGCAUCCAGCUAUGCCGCAUCAUCAUCCUCAGAAUCUUGGUCGUUCAAUAUUUUUGAAACGAUCUCGGUAUUACUAUGGACACCAGUAUUCUCGACGCAACUCUGCCAAUCAUGCCAACGCGUCUUCUUCUCGUGGCAAGGGUACUUCCUCAUUGGAUGACAAGCUUUCUUUCAAAUUGGCUUCUCAACCUAACUCAUCGUCCAAACAACACACGGAAUUCAGAGAGAAGACAUUUUCUAGGCCAGAGAGAAUCCGGUCAAGUUCUUUCGCAAUGGAUUCGGUAUCACCGGAAGUAGUGAAGAUGGUUUGCACGAUAUGUCAGAAGCCGCUGAGACGGAAAUUUAACUUCAUGGGGAAUUCAAUGUCUUGCAAUGAACUGGCAGUCGUGGCAGUUUUAGUAUGCGGUCAUGUUUAUCAUGCCGAUUGUUUGGAGCAAAGAACUUGCAUUGAAGAACUACGUGACCCGUCAUGCCCUAUGUGUGCAGGUUUACUCUUGCAGGAUCAUGAUGACUGUAAAGGACAAGAAUAGUUUCCAAGUAGAUGAAUACUAUUACAACUUAAUACUGAUCAACAAAGUACUAGUAAAGGGAUAUAGAGUUUUAUGGAAGAAUAACAAAAAUGAAAGAUAGUCUUUUUUUGCUGCAAAUAGACUAUAUAGCUAGGAUGAAGAUCUUGUUUGACUAUCAGGAUCUCUGCAUUGUCCUCAGAAUUUGUGGAUUAGGGAGAGUUUGUGUAAUUUCUUUAAUACUUAUUCUUUUUUUCAGUAUGCACAUAGGGGGCUGUAAUAAUUUUAUGUAACAAUUGAAUGUUGAUGCAGAAAUUUGAGUAGCUGUAAAUGUUUUAGAAUUUAAAGGAUAUACUUGUUCAAAUAAUUGUUGGAUCUCCACACUUCAUGGA